GCCUCCAUUUAGUGUACUGGCAAACUUGUAGAGGUGUGUAUGUCGAUGUACUGAUCCAUCGACUUGCAAUGGAUGACGAUAUGAUGGAUAGCAGAGACGCUCCUCCUGGUGAAACUGUUGCACCGGGAGUGGAUGAUGAUGAUAUCCCCGAGCCAGACUCUCCAAUGUCUGGAAAUCGACGCAACAGCGGGAAUUUCAGGGGCAGAGGAGGCAACAAUGGAGGAGGAGCUGACAGACGCAGUUUUGGCCAGAAUGGCCCGGGCAGUCCUCAAGACCGACAGAACAUGGGCCCUCGUGGCCCCAUGGGACCAAUGGGACCCGGUGGGCCAAGAUUCAGAGGCCGUGGAGGCCCUGGGUUUAGGCCACCACCAGGAUACAGAGGUCCACCACCACCUUUUGGUCCUCGAGGUCCCCGCUUCUCCCCUCGAGGCCCACCACCAUUUGACCCUAACUGGGGCCCCAUGCCACCUCCUGGCAUGGGUGGGCCCAUGGGUCCUCAUGGAAUGCCUCCAAUGGGGCCAAUGGGACCCAUGGGUCCAAUGGGCCCUCCUGGUCCCUGGGGAGGACCAAUGGGAGGACAAGGCCCAAAUGGGCCUCCUAACCAACAGAACGACAACGGCAACAGAGGAGGGAACUUCAACUCGAGCGGCGGCGUUGGAGGCUUCGACCUCACUGGGGAGAUCUGGGUUGAGACCAAGGCUGGAGAAGGCAAGAGUUAUUUCUACAAUGCGCGCACCAGAGAGACUACUUGGACCAAGCCUAAGGGUGAUAACAUCAAGAUACUCACACAGGGACAGGUGGAGGCAAUGGCUCAGGCGGCAGGCGUGACGCCGAACUCGCAGAGCACAGGAGACGCUACGCAGAACGGCGCCAGCACCGACGACAAGGACGGUGAAGACUCUCAUGGCUCGGACGGCGGUGACUCGCAUAAAGACAGCCAUCAAAAUGACGGCCAAUCUAAUAACUGGCAGCAGAAUAGAAAUAAUAGCAAUCAAAAUCAAGGUGGCGCUUCUGGUUCAUGGGGUAGUCCAUCAGGCAUGGGCCCGCCCCCUCGCGGCCCCCCGUUCGGUAUGCCUCCAUCUGGGUCUCCUUACGGAGGUUCAGGUGGCGGGCCACCACCCUAUAACAUGGGCCAGGGCCCAUCCGGAUUUGGGAAUAAUUCUCAUGGUGGCCAAGGAUGGAACAACUUCAACAUGAACCAAGGCCCCCCAAUGGGACCCCCUAGCUGGGGUAUGCCUCCCCCCAAUUUAGGAGCAAUGUCGCAGUUACCUCCCCCCAUGACGGGGGAUAAGGACGGUCCCCCCACAGGGGUACCGCCCAUAAAUGCUGGCUUGCUGCAGGUUCCCCCGCCGAGCAUCGUGCCUGGCGCUGCAGUCGGGGCAUCGCCUAUACAGUUACCGCCUCCUCAUGCUUUGCAGAGUGCUGGUGCUACCACUUCUUCUGGCUCCGCAGUCGUCACUCAGGGUGCUCCAUCCACGGCGGUGAGCGACAGCGACCUGGACCCUGCGCUGGUGCAGCGUGCCGCUGACUGGACGGAACACAAGGCCCCUGACGGCAAGAGCUACUACUACAACGCCAAGACUCAGGAGAGCGUUUGGGAGAAGCCCCAGCCGCUCAAGGACCUCGAAGCUGCUCGUCUGGCGCUCGCUCAAGGCAUCUCCUUGACUGCCCCCGUCAAGACAGAAGCGCCCCUUGAAGGCAAGAUAUCGGACGGGACUAAGAUGGAGAGUAAACAGGAGGACGGCGAGCCCAUGGACGAAGACAGCGAUGACGAUGACAGUGACGACGAUGUCGUUAAGAAGGAAGCGUCAGAUAGCGACUCUAAAGACGGCGUCAAAACAGAGAGUCUCAACGGAGACGUCAAAAAGGAGGAUCCAGCGGCUGUUGCAACCAAAGAAGAGAUUAAGGAAGAAACUCAAAUGGAAGUUGAGGAAAGCAAGCAGCCAAGCGAGGAGGAAGAGGCGCGCAAGGCGGCCGAGCUGAGUAAGCCCGUGUGGUCGCUGCCGGUGCCCAACACGCCGUGGUGUGUCGUGUGGACUGGCGACGCAAAGACCUUCUUCUACAACCCCACCAGCAAGGUGUCCGUAUGGGAGAAGCCCCCAGAGAUUGACGGCAGGCAGGAUGUUGAUAAAAUGCUCGCCAACACCCCACCCGAGGUGCUCAAAAUCCGGCAGCAGCUCCUGGGUACUCCUGCUACUCCUGCUGCUGCAGGGGGUGCGGUUAAUGCUGCUCCUGCCACAGCUGCCCAAACUGAAGGAGAGGAACCACCUAAUAAGAAAAUUAAAACUGACACUGAUGCCGGAGCCAACUCUGUGCGUGAAGCGAUCAAGCGCAUCGACGUCGGCAAGGAGGCGGCCAUCGAGGCCGAAGUGAAGGCAGCCAGGGAGCGCGCCAUUGUGCCGCUCGAGAUAAGGAUGAAGCAGUUCAGGGACCUGCUUGCCGAACAGGGCGUGUCAGCAUUCAGCUCCUGGGAAAAAGAACUCUCGAAGAUCGUUUUUGAUCCCCGAUACCUGCUGUUGCCCUGUAAGGAAAGGAAACAAGUUUUCGAAAAGUACGUGAAGGAGCGGGCCGAGGAGGAGCGACGUGAGAAACGCAACAAGCUGAAGGAGCGCAAAGACGAGUUCCGGCAGCUGCUCGAGAGCGCCAACCUGACGGGCAAGAACACCUUCACGGAGUUCUGCAGUAAGUUCUCUAAGGAUGAACGCUUCAAGAACAUCGAGAAGAUGAGGGAGCGCGAGUCCCUGUUCGACGAGUACCUGCUAGAGGUGCGGCGCCGGGAGAAAGAAGAGAAGCUCGCCAAACGUGAACAGGUACGCAAGGAUUUCCUGGCAAUGCUCAAAGAGUUUGAGUUUGAUCGUCACGCUCGCUGGUCGGAAGCUAAGCGCAAACUCGAGACCGACCCUCGCUACAAGGCCGUCGAGAGCAGCGUACAGCGAGAGGACUGGUUCAGAGAGCAUCUCGUUAAGGUAAAAGAAGAACGAAAUCGCGAGCGUGAACGCGAACGGGAGCGCGAACGAGAGAGAGAUCGCGAACGUGAACGUGAGAGGGAACGAGAGCGUGAGCGAGAGCGAGAACGCGAUCGAGAUAGGGACCGAGACCGGGAUCGCGAACGUUACGGAGAUCGUGACCGUGGAGAUCGGGAUCGGGACAGAGACCGUGACCGCGACAGGAUCAAGGAUCGCGAUGUUAAGGAGAAGAAGAGAGAGAAAAGUAAGGACCGAGAUCGCGAGAAGAAGAAAAAGGAUAAGAAGGACAAAGAUAAAGAUAAGGAUCAUAAGAGCAAGGAUAAAGAUAAAGACAAGCCAAGGGAUCGAGAGGAGGAGAAAGAAAAGAAGAAAAAGAAGGAUUUGGAAGAAGAACAGAACCGUAAGAGCGAGGGGGAGGAGAGUGAACACGAUGAUGCCGGCGCUGUCCAGGAGAACAAUCACGAUGAGGAAGGCGAUCAGAAGGCUCCCGAAUCUGAGGAAGCUGUUGACGAAGAAGCCCGUCGCGCUGAAGAAGAGGGAGCUGAGCGUCAGCGUCGCAUUGAAGAGAGUCUGCGCAAGCGCGAGGCUGAGGUGCAGAAGGAGCUAUCGGCGCACCUGCGCGACCGCGACAAGGAGCGACAGCAGCACAAGCACGAUGAAGCCGUGCACUGCUUCAACGCUCUGCUCGCUGAUCUGGUACGCAGCACAGACUACACGUGGAAGGAAGCCAAGAAGUCCCUAAAGAAAGACUCUCGCUGGGAGUCUGCGGCCGUACUGGACCGCGAGGAGCGCGAGGCGCUCUUCAACCUACACGUCGAGACGCUCACAAAGAGGAAGAGGGAGAAGUUCAGAGAGCUGCUGGACGAGCUAGGCGAGAUCUCGUUGGACUCGUCCUGGAAGGACGUUAAGAAGGACCUGAAGGACGACCCGCGCUACACGAAGUUCUCCUCGUCCGACAAGAAGUGCGAGAGGGAGUUCAAGGACUACCUUAAAGACAAGCUCGUCGCUGCCAAAGCUGACUACCGGGAGCUGUUAAAAGAGACGAAGAUGUUGACUCACCGUUCGUUCUCGCUGUGCGACGAGAGCGAGCAGCACUUGCGCGAGGUUGUCGAGGUGCUGCGUAAGGACCGCCGCUACCUCAUGCUUGAGUGCAUGCCUGAGGCCCGCCUCACCAUCCUCACUUCCUACUUAGAGGAGCUGCACAAACGCGGGCCUCCGCCGCCCCCCACCGCCUCGGAGCCAACACGACGGAAAUAAUCACUCGCUUAACUCCGCCACUAACGACGCUUUUUAGGCGUUUCUUUCUUGGCAAACGCGCGAAGAUUCGUGGAAUUUGUGGGGCGAUCUACGCGCUUUCCACAACUCUGCCAGGGAUGUCUAUUCCAGGGAGAGGAAUUAAUUAAAGUGAUUUAGGUUUUCAAUUCAAGUCAUUUUUAAGCUCUUGCAUACUAGAUCUUCUCUUGAGAAGGUAGUUUCGAUUUACUCGUUACUGUUCUUUUUUUUUAAAUUGAAAUAUUUAUGACGAUCUCAUAAACCUCAUUCGAAAAUAUUUGCAUCUAGAUGACGUUCUUUGCAAUCCAGAGUGCCCAUAAUAUACGCGUAUGUCAAUUCCAGCGCAUUAUUAUUAAAUUAUUUAAAUUUACUGAUAACAAAUCAAUUUAUCGUGCCGUGUUGAAGACCGAUGUAUUGAUUUCGCUCGACGCCCUGGUUUAAAAAGCCAUUUUGUAUAGUAAAACCAGUGUAAAUU